AAAUGACGUCAACGUUACUGGGCAAUGGUAUACAAUAUGGCCGCCGUUCGGCUGCAACAUUCUGUUGGUGAAAGAAAGAAGUUUAUCUUUAUUUAAUUUAGCAAGAGCUACCGUACGGUACUUGGUGUGCUGACUUCUUUAUUCCUGUUCGAAGAGGUGGAAUAGUGUUUCCAAGCCGAAGUCAAAAUGCCACCAAAAAAGAAAAAGGCAGCCCGAGAUCCUGAUACCGCUGAAGCUGUUCUUGAAGAUGAUGAACAAGAAAUUAGAACCGAAAAGAAAAAGAUAAAAGGAAAGGGCAAGAAAAAGAAGAAGAAAGCUCCUCUUGACACAACAGCACCAGUAGAUGAAGAGGCAUUAGGACUGGUGAAUGCCACUCUUGAGGAAGAACCACAACCAGAGGAUGCUGGUACAGCUGUGGAGGAAAAUAAGGAGGAUGCAGCCAGAACUAGAUCCCCUGAGCUGGAAGAAGACCAGGCCAUAAAAGAAGCAGAAGAAACCGAGGAUGCAGAACUUCAAAGAGACAAACAUCAACACUUCUCAUCUGCAGCUGACCAGGGGGAUGGACUAGGAGGUGAUGAACCUCAUGAUGAUCAUGAUCCUAGUCCUAAUGGAGAAGACACGGUUGUCCCAAGUCAAGAAAUCCCUCAGGCAGACACAGAACCCCAGAUGGAAGGCAUCACUGAUGAUGCAGAUGGGGACAGAGAAGAAAUGAAGAAACUGGACGAUGCUGCCGAGGAGAUGAUCGUGAGGCUGGAUACAGAAGAGAAGACUCGCAGUCGAGUGAACCCAGAAGAGUAUGACAAUGCUGACCCAAAAGACUUUGGAAUCGAAGUGGAGUCCGACGAUGAGUAUAAGUAUCUCCCACCAAGCAACGACGACCUGCCCAACCUGGAGAACCUGAUAGGCACCCUGGAGGAGGGAGACAGCGAGCUCCACACGGAGCGGGAGCCACCGACCCUCUUCAACAGACCGGAGCACGAACCCAGCUACCGCCAGAUCUCACACCUGCGCCAGGAGCUGGAGGAGGAGAAGAUCGACCCUUACAUUGAUCGCUUUGAGGACAACGUCCGGGACGAUGUCCUCAUGAUCGGAAACAUCUCCCUAGAGGAAGUUCAGGAGGAGGAACGUCGAUUGAGGGAUGAGCACAUUGCCUAUCAGCAGCAGGAGGCUCAGCUUGCUAGAACCAGACAAGAAGAUAUCCUCCUCAAGGAAGAACGUUCUAAGAAACAUGUCACUGAUGUCAUGAAGAAGAAGCGCAAGGAGCUUGCCCUAAGGGAGGAACUGAGCAUCCAGAGGGAGCGUCUGCUUCAGGAUCAGCUCCAUAAGACAUUCAAGAAGGCAGAGAAUCUCCUGAAACGGUCUCUGGAAAUAAGAAAGGGAGAGGUCAAGACUAUGUAUGGCGAUCUGAUGAUGGCUGAUGGUCAGUAUGGUGGGUCAAAAGGUCGUCGUUGGAAAGUAGACUGGAAUCGAGCUCCACAACCCAUACAGAUCAAACUCAAGUGCCUAAGAGGAGUCAAGGAUAAGCUACCUGCUGGCCGGUUCAUCCUUAUGACGUCCCUGUAUGACCGUCUGGGUGGACAUGUCUUGCGCUGGUCAAACCUACGUGGUCAAGAAUGGUCUGGGUCUACACUCCCUCUCAACCAUGAUGGCCAUUUCUAUAAUGUGGAGAUUACAAUUGAUCAGAGUCAGUUCACAGUAUGUCCGUCAAAGCCGGACAUCCGUCCAGGUAUGGUACUGGUCUUUGAGCUCUUCCUGCUCCGUGGUACCCUCCUGCCCGUUGAUAAGGUGGUGGCCUGGGGCGUAUUCCCCAUUUGUGAUGGUCAGUUUGAGGUCCUCCAGGGAAAGUAUAAAACACCAAUGCUGAGGGGAGAGAUCGAUACUCGCAUUGACCGUCAUGAGACGGUUGAGAAGCUGAUGGCAUCAGACCUAGAUCACUGGCUUUGUAAUCUCUACUUCGAGAUUGUGAGGUUGCCAAGGUACCUAGCUGGUCAGAAGGAGUAUGAGGUAGAGCUUCAAUUUUCCUCUAACCUGAUUGGGUACCCUGAUAGAAUCAAAGGAGCAGAAGAAGCCAUUGAUGGUGAAGAACCCGUCCCAGGAUCUCAGGUUGACAUGGUCUCAAGUAAUGGUGAUAACCAAUCAGCUGCUGAUGUCAAAGGGUCAAAGGUCAGUUUUGGUCUUGGCAGCGAAGAAGGAGAGGGAUCCACUCCAAGGGGAGGUAGCAGCAGCAUUGGUACAGGGAGCAUCAAGGCUGGUCUCACAAGCAGUGAGGGCAGUGUCAAGGAUAACGACAGCAUGAAACUGGAGAGCGAGGCCUCUACCAAGACCAUAGAAUCAUCUGAAGGCGUCCGUUUCCGUGGCACCAAGCCAAAGGACGAGGACCCUCCUCCAACCACUGUGGGAUCCAGGAAGCUCCUGGGCAAGUACGAGAAGGCUUACCUGGACACGGACUCUGAGUCGGAUGAGGACGAUGAAGAUUACAUCAAGAAGAAGGAAGAUGGCUUCCGACCGGUCAAGGGAGAACCUGGACUCUUCUACAAGCAACACCUGAACCCACCGCAGACCGACUACAUUCGGCGCAUGUACACCAUGAUCCCCAAGACAACUCUACUCAACCAGCGCAAGAAACGCAAGAAGCUCACUCAUCUUGAGGAGCUAGCCACCCAUGGCUUUGCUGUGCAGAAACCGUUCUCCACGAAGGGUCACACCGCUCGCCGGGGCCAUGAGAAGGUCCAGUACAUCAGUCGUCAGCUCUUUGCGGAGCUGGGCUUGUCCCAGUGGCGGUCCAGGGAGUUCUGGACCCUGAUCCUGCUCCUGUGUGUUAUCUUCUUCAUCAGGAUGUACCUUCAUUACCUAGGCCAGUGGGCCUUCCUUAACAUUAUCACAGUGCCUAUCAGCAAAUUCCAGUUCCUGCCUUACACAGUGACCCUCAACUACCAGUCAUCUCUCCUGCAGACCAGCGAAGAGGUAGCAGUGGUCAUCCUUGGACCGCUGACCAACAUCGUGAUCCUCUCCCUCCUCGUUUUCAUCUGUUGGCUCUUCCAGAAGGUGGUGGGGAAUUUCCCGGACCUCUUCUGCAAGUUCGUCAUCGUCUUCUCCAUCAUGACCCUGCUCGACCCCUUUCUCAUCGCCAUCAUCGAUGCGCCUCUUGGGCGUUAUUCCAAUACUGACAGCGAUGUACCCAUAGCAGAUGCAGCCAAACUCUAUUACCACUUCUACCGUAUCCAUGACAACGGCCUGAUGGGUAUCCUGUUGACAGUUCCCAUCAUCCUCUUCCUCUCCUUCUUGACCUGUGUCAUCUUCUACAUGUACUUCCUGCGGCUGCACAAUAACGGUCGCAUGCUGGACAUCUUCCACCGUCUCCACGCUGCAGAGGACGACUUCUUCAUGCCCUUUGACCUGGAGAUCAGCAACCAGGAGCUGGCUUACAUCUGUAACAAGGCGGAGCAGUGGAGGGGGGAGGAAGGAGAGAGACGCAAGGUGGCCGUCUACGAUUACAUUUGGGAAGAGGAAGAUGAGGAAGAUAAUUAUGAUGAGAGUCCACAGAAGACCAAAGAGGAGGAAGGCAAGCGAGAGAUCACCACUCAUGUCUCGGUCCAUACCCUUCACCUGGAUGGCUUGCGAGAGCUCUUCCGACACUUCUUACGCCUCCCAGAUGGCUCCAUUGUCGAGGUAUUUGGUGAAAUGGGCGUGGUUGGAUUAGACAAGGACUUGCGUGCUGCGCUUCAAAACCAGACCUCCGGUCUUGAGAAGUGGGCGGGAUCAGCAGAGAGCAUACACCUACUCUCCCUGGACCGGGCAGGGAUCGACCGCACCCGCCCCAAGACCCAAGGGGGCAUCGGAUCCCAGGAUCUGCUCAACAUCCCUGGGACACCAUCCCCCGCCCUCCGGAGAAAGGGGGAAGCGUUUGGGGCAGGGUCGCUUGGAGAGGGAUCCAAGAUGACCUCCCAGCCUUCUCUGCAAGUGCCUCAUAACCUUGGCGGGGCAUCGCCCACCAACAGUGAAGUAGAAGAGAUGUAAGAAAGUAGUACUGUACGAGUCUGGUCUGCUUGCACCAGUGGCAGAUUGAGUGUUUCAUAAGGCUGUUCGUUAAGUUACUAAUGACUGUAUGAACGACUGGUGAACCUUUGAUACAAACCAUGUUUCUGUUGUUGUUAAUCUAGUUCCUAAGAAAAGGUCACCAGUCUUUGGUAAGUUUUAUGAAACACCGACCAUGUUAGAUAUAAUACAUUGUCAGCACUAUGAGGAUGAGAAAUCUAAAAAAAAACAAAAAACUAUCAUUAUUAAGCUGGUUGUUUGCAUCUCGUUGAAUAUUUCUUCUCAAUUUCUCCGAAAUAUAUGGUAUGUAUAUUAUCUACUACCUUCACGGUAUGUAUAAUCUCUACUACAGUAACAUAUAUGACAUCUCAAUUUUUUUAGUGGUUGUCUUAGAAAUAGAGAGUAUAAGUAUGUUGUGUGAUUCUUAAUAUUGGAAGUUUGUUAUAAUUACUCAAUUUGAAAUCACUGUCUAUUGAUAAUAAACACCCAGGGGUUGUAGAAAACAAUAUUGUGAUUUCUUUAAGUACAUUACAUUGUUUUACACAAAGUUGAAAUGGUAAUUUUUCUUUCGUAUGUCAAAUAUCAUUACCAAAAUUGAAAUCACUUUCGGUAGUCUAUCAUUUUCAAAUACCCAUGGGUUGUGAAUAUAGAGCGAUUCUUCAUUAUGUAUUGAAAGGAUCAUUACCGGAUUUUGAUAAUGUCUGUCAUUAGUUUCAAACACAUCCAGGGGGUGGAAUUAUAGUGUAAUUCUUUAUUAUGUACUUCAGGGGGCCGUCAGAACACACAAAAGUGUCAAGAAAUCGAUGAAUUUAUGAAUAUACAUCAAAUCUAGAAAAAAAAUUGAACAUGCAUUUUAUACGUUAACUUUGCUGGCUUUCCAUAGUUGCGACUGAUCAUUAGCAACUCUUUGUAAGACAGGGUUGUGUAUUUAUUGUGAUUUUCAAUACUGAGGGGUUGUGAAUAUAGUUUGAUUAUAAAAUGCACAUCGGAAAUCACUACCAAAUUUGAAAUCCCAUUUUCAAACACAAGGGUGUAGAUAUAGUGCGAAGCUUCAUAAUGUACAUCGGGGGGGGGUAUGAAAGUUGUCAGCACUGACAAUUUUUCAUUGAAAUCCUUGUUUUUGGUUGGCCAAGAAGCACUGGCCUCUGUUUACUCACAGCUUUCAUGAAACAAUCCCCAAAUUUCAUUACCAGUUUCACAUCACAUCCAGGGGUUGUAAAUUUAGUGUGAUUCUUCAAAAUGUGUAUAUCAUUAGAAAUCAGUCUUUCAUAGUCUUGUAAGUUUUUGUACAUAUUAUGCUUCAAAGUCCGUCCAUGAGCGGUUAUGUGUCUUUCAUGAAAUCAUGUAAUAUAUAGAGAUUAUAUUUGAUAAAUUCGAUUUUUUUCAUAUUCUGUAUGCACAAAGAUCAAUCCUAUUUACGUAUAUAUACCCUACAGUUCUAUUUAUCUUUGUGUGGUGAUGUUGAAUUUCAAUUUGUAUGUAAAAAGCCGUCCAUUUCUUUACCUUGCUACUUGAUAAUGACAUCCUGAAAUGUAACAUUGUUUGCAGUGUACAAGUAUGAUUGUGUAAAAUUUUUCUUUGCAUAAUUCUCUUAAAUAAAUACUGAUCACACUCUAA